AAAGAAAAAAAGAAAAAAAGGUUUCCAAAAAUUGUUGACUCCCCUCUUUAGUCUUCAAAAAUUCCCAGAUUUCAAACUGAAUAUCUCUCAGCUUUUUUCAGAUUUGAUCAAAUUGGAAAUGGAGAAUCCACCAGCAGAUAAGCUGUUGAAGAAGAUACGAGAGCUAGAAGAAAGCCAAGAGGAUCUAAAACGAGAGAUGUCUAAGCUCAAAGUCUCAGCUGAGAUCAAGCGUCGUUCGCAUUCUUCUUCUCCUAAACGUCCUUCGAGGCGCAACACUGGAGACGGAACUCCCUUAUGGAGAAAAACUGGCGCCGCAUCAUUCCGUCACGCUUCUCCGUUACGGAAGGAGAGUCACACGAAAGCCAAAGCCCCCCCAGCUUCUUCUUCUGGUGGUUGCGGCGAGGGAGGAGGAGGAGGACCAUCGGCAGGCAAGUUCAACGAUAAACAGUAUUUGAAUAUUUUGCAGUCUAUGGCUCAAGCUGUUCAUGUCUUCGAUCUUAAUGGCCAAAUUAUCUUUUGGAACUCGAUGGCGGAAAAGCUAUAUGGCUUCUCAGCUGCAGAAGCACUAGGGAAGGACUCGAUUAAUAUACUUGUAGAUGGUCAGGACGCUGCUGUUGCGCAAAAUAUAUUUCAGCGUUGCAGUAGUGGAGAGAGUUGGACUGGAGAGUUUCCUGUCAAGAACAAAUCAGGAGAGAGAUUUUCUGUUGUGACUACGAUUUCUCCUUUCUAUGAUGAUGAUGGUUCUCUUAUCGGGAUCAUAUGUAUCACGAACGAUUCGGCGCUUUUUCAACGACCCAAGGUUCCUCCAGCUAAAACAAGGUGGCAAGAAGGGGAGACGAGCUUUACCCGGGGGGCCAAUGGUGUUGCAUCUAGGUUUGGUCUUGACUCCAAAGAUGCUGUUGUAUCGAAACUUGGCCUUGAUUCUCAGCAGCCUAUACAAGUUGCUAUAGCAUCUAAGAUUUCAGAUUUGGCAUCCAAGGUGGGCAACAAGGUCAAGUCAAAAAUGCGAGCAGGUGAUAAUUAUAACGCUGCACACCACGAGGGUGGGAAUGUGGACAGUCAUCAGUCUGAUCAGGGUUUCUUCGAUGCUGCUGAGGAUGCAGCUACAAGUGGCCCUAGUUCAUGUGGAACUGUCUAUCAUGGUCUGUGGUUUGGAUCUGAUGUGGCUGUAAAGGUGUUUUCCAAACAAGAAUAUUCAGAAGAGAUCAUUACAUCUUUUAGACAAGAGGUAUCGUUGAUGAAAAGACUUAGACAUCCAAACGUUCUUCUGUUUAUGGGAGCUGUGGCAUCACCUCAGCGUCUUUGUAUAGUGUCAGAGUUUCUUCCACGGUUUGACCCCUUCUAUUUAGCGAAUAUUACAUAUCACUACGGAUUUUGGACGCCGGGGCCAAAANUUGGUCUCUAA